GCCGCGAUGGGGAAGGAUUGCCCGGUCGCGACCGCUGGCUUCUGCCGUCUCCGCCUUUCUCUCCGGUCACCUUUUGAUUUCCUCGCGCAACCGCCGAUGGCCUGAAACCCGCCGGAUACGAUCGUCUUUUCGGCUGUGAUCUUCUUUGGGAUUGAGAUUUUGGAUUUGCUUACUGGAUCUUCGUCUUUUUUUUUUUUUGGAUUUCUUGUCCGCGACGCUUCUUUUGCGGGUUCGAGGAGUUGAGCGCGGAAAGGGCUUCAUUUUCCAACAAUUCCACAAGGGAUUUCUUUAUUGGACUGUUCGGUACAUCGUGGAUUCAUAGGUAUGGUUGUUCUAACUAAUAUUUUCUUUUGAUGAUGCAUAUACUAAUAAAUAUAUUAAUUUGUGAUGAUUUUAGAGGGAUGCCAAAUGAGAAUCUGAUUCUUUUUGUUACCUUUUCGUUUACCAAUCAUUUGACUGUGUUAAGGCAAGAACGAGUUUGAUCUGUUCAGGAAAAGCGGCUGCCUUGGCUAGUGGGUUCGAUGUUUUUUAAUUGUUUCGGCAGAUUUGCACAGGGAUAUUAUCUUCUCGUUCACUUUUCGGUAUCGAGAUUGGAGCAAGUUUAGUGACCUGAUUCAAACAAAUCAGGGUUCCUUUUCCUAGCACAGAAUGGCUGUGGCUUUUACACGUUUCUCUUUCUGGAUUUGGGGUGGGAAAGAUCAGGAAUCCCCCAAUUCACCACUGAACUCUUCUGAUUUGCUUUCGGGAUUCAAGGAACUUGAUUGCUUGAGGUUUCCACCAGUCAAUGGACCUGCAAGGUCAAACUCGAGAAGGAUCAAGAAAAAGUGGCAAAGCCGUGAAGAACGGCGGAUUGAUAAGGAGUAUGAUAUUGUUCUUGUGCCAUCAGAUGGUGGAUGCAUAUCAGGGUCAGAGUCUGAUGAUUCUGAUUGGUCAAUUGGGUGGUUGGAGCCGCAUGGCCCUGAGUUUGAGAACGAUACCCAAACUGAAAACAGCUUUGCGGUCUUGGUACAAUGCUACGGGCGCGGUCAGUCUGAGCAGGCAAAGAACUCCAGAUCCCGUUUCCUGGGAGCAAGCCAUCAUAUUGAGGAUGAUAUAUCUGAUGGCAACAAGCAUAUGGAAGAAUGGCUUUCUUCUCUUUGAUGGCACCUGACUUUGUAAAUAUUGUCUAGGCUUGUGAGGUCAGAAUAAGGAUCAUAAACUCAGAAAAAAUGGGGGAAAAAACAAAAACAAUAAAAUUUCAGUGUGAAAGAAGUAGAAUCCUGAAGCAAUGGGUUCCCUUGGCGCAUAAAUUUCCUACUGAAGCACAUUUACUUGAUGAUGAUGUUUUGGAAGGAAAUUGUUUCUCACCCCAAGUAGGCGAUCAGAAGUUAAUUCCACCAAAAACAGCUUCAACCUUUUGAAGGUAGAAAUCAUUUUGUAUUGUGAUAGUUGAAGCUAGGAAUUGUUCGACCACACAAAGCUUUGCAACCUUGUGAAGGUUGAGAUUAUUUUGCAAGGGGGUUGGUGAAGCUAGGAAUUGUUUCAUUCUUUUAUCCCCUUACUCCCUUUAAGAUUGGAUUUCUUAUUGCUAUAAGGUUUAUUUUAUUAUUGAAUUUGUUUGGUUUUUUACUUGAACUUUUUUUCUGCAUAAUUCCUAGCAAUUUUUUUCUUUUGAAAACAUGGAUCUGUUGUACAAUUAUGUGGAUUGAGAAGCACAUACAGUUAUAUGUCAAUUGGAAGAUUAAAUGUGAAAGUACCACUUGUGGUUCUGCAUCAAUUGAGCUCAUUAUUGAGAAAUUCUGUUCAAAAUAGGAUUUUUGUAUAUCCUUUCAAUUAAGAUAAAUGAGCCCAGAAUUUUUGUAAAUUCUUUUUCUUAUGCCUUCUGAUUUCAUUUCUUAGUAUUAGGCACAUAUUUAUUCAUUUUCCUUUGAUCUUCUAAGAAAGAGGUAAGAGUUGAACAAAAAUAAAAUUCUUAUUCUUAUAUAUUGUUUGCAAGUGAAGAAGUUUGGAAGUUUGUGCCAUUUCUUUGUCUAUUGAACAUCAAACCUAGUCUUUACUAUGGACUUUUAAGUCAUCUCAUUCAUGUACAAAGAAAUGUACAAUUCGAAGAAUAGAAUUUAUCCACUUUUAUUUACUGCCAAAAGCUUCGAACCUCGGAGGCCACCGAGUUCCACCCAAACACGUAUUUACAAGUAAGAUAUGAAAAUACUUCAAAUACUUAAAAUGAUAUCUAAUAAGAAUAAUAACAUAAAAUUUAAACAUUAUCUAUGAUUCAAAUUCUGAUGGAUCAUUUUCUACCUUGGAAUAUUUUUCAUUCCUAAACGAGACUUUCAUUACAAUUUAAUAACAACUUUAUUUACCCAACUUAAAUAGGCAUUGAGUAAAUAAAAUAUACCUUGUAGCUUCCUUUAAUCUAUGAAACAACGAAGGUAUUUCGUUCUCAGGCUAAUUGGACAUAGAAAAAUGAAUCGUAGUUAAUCCAAAGUAACUAUUUUUUUUAAGAUCAAUAAACAAUGAUUUACCCAUUCUUACCCCACCCCAAGAUGGAAAACCUAAUGUUUUGUGAUUUGGGCAAAACCCAAGGUGAGUAUUAUCAUUCUUUCUCUUUGUGUU